GCCGCAGCUCAGCUAACAGCUAUAUACACGACGACUUGCUUCCCAUUUCAGCAGCACAAGUGACGCGCCAACGGAGAGGAGAGACGACCCCUCAAGACGAGCAAGGCACGAGCGAGCGAGCGAGGGUAAAGACCACACACACUAGCGCAGCGCGCAGGCAGGCAGAAGCAGAGAACAAUGUCGGGAGCACAGGGCGCGCACCCGGUGGGGCAGACGACGCCGACGACGUACGAGUCGGUGGGCGGCGGGGAGAACCGCACGCGCACGGACCUGCGGUCGCGGGAGGACCAGGGCGCCAUCCAGAUCGAGAAGGUGCAGGACAAGGUCGACGACGCCGCGGGCCGUGGAGUGGACCACCGCACCUUCGGCGCCAAGAAGGAGCGCCCCGACGACAGCGCCGAUGCCGGGGCAACCGGCACCGGCGGCACUGCCGCGUGAUUGUGCUGGGCGACGGCGAUGGUUUGUGUGCGGCACCGUACGUGUGCGUGCUUUUGUGUGCGCUGCUUGGCUGCUCUGUCUACGCGCGCGUGGACUGUGAAGCCAACCAGCCAGUGGUAGUGUAACUGUGUAAGAUAGAUUGCAAUAAAGUAAAAGGACCGUCUGAUCUGAAUCCUAUACAUAGGCCUUGUUUAGUUUAUAAAAAUUUUCAAAAUUUUUCGUUACA